AUGCUGGACGUAUCUUCUCGUAUCUCUUACGGAACUCUUGAUUCAGAAGAGCCGAUGGAUGGCAGGGAGGAUGAGCGACUGUUAUACUCCCACUCAACAUACGAGGUGGACAAUGAUGUUGGGACGGAAGGAGGGGAUACUUCUUCCGAUGGCGAUGUCCAGGAAGGUGUCCGCAAGAUUGAGGCUAUCAGUCAGACCUGGACGCAGCGGUCUUUAAUCAUAGCAUACUUGGGCAUCUUCUUGAUGGCCUUUUGCACCUCUCUGGAAGGCCAAACGGUCGCGUCAUUGGCUGUAUAUGCUACCAGCUCCUUCAGCAAGCAUUCGUUGAUAUCCACUGUCCUGGUUGUGCAGAAUGUCGUCAACGCUGUGAUCAAGCCUCCGAUGGCCAAGGUAGCAGAUGUCUUUGGGAGAUUCGAGGCAUUCUGUGUCAGUAUCCUUAUCUAUGUCCUUGGAUAUAUCCAAAUGGCUGCGUCGACGAACGUGCAAACAUACGCAUCGGCUCAGAUCUUCUACUCUGCGGGAUCCACGGGUUUGCAAAUCCUUCAACAAGUCUUCAUCGCGGACAGCAGCAGCCUGUUGAACCGAGCGCUGUUCGCGCUUUUGCCAGAGCUGCCUUUCCUAUUAACAGUGUGGAUUGGUCCGACAGUUGCAUCUGCGAUCCUCAAGCAGACUUCAUGGCGUUGGGGGUAUGGCAUGUGGGCUAUCAUCUUGCCUUCCGCGUUCUUUCCUCUCGCCCUCUCAUUACUGUUGAACCAAAGAAGGGCUAUAAGGCUGAGGUUGAUCAAAGUGAAGCCGCACAGACGACGCAAAUGGUGGGAAGCCUUGCGGGCGACUUGGUUCGAUCUUGACAUGUUUGGGCUGUUGCUGCUCUCGGCUGCUCUUACGUUGAUCUUAAUCCCCCUCACUCUGGGAGCCAACCUCAAGGAUGGCUGGAAGAGUGACGGCAUUGUGGCUAUGAUUUCGAUCGGCUUUGUCUGUCUCAUUGUUUUUCCGAUGUGGGAAUCAUCGCGACGGCUCGCCCCUAAACCUUUGCUCUCUCUGCACCUUCUCACCGAAAGGACCGUCCUGGCAGGAUGCGCGCUUGCCUUUUUCUACUUCAUGGCCUUUUAUUUCUCUGUCCAGCCGUACCUAUACUCCUAUCUGCAAGUCGUACAAAACUAUGAUGUCGCUGUUGCUGGCCGCGUAACCCAGACCUUCGCGUUCACCUCCACCAUCGCAGCAUUUGUGGUGUCAGUCCUGAUCAAGUACACUCGUCGCUAUCGUCCCUUUGUUGUGGCAGGAUGUGUCAUUUACAUCUGCGGUUUGCUGGCCAUGUUGUUCUACCGCCAAGAAGGAAGCUCUGUCUUGCAGAUCCUUGGAACUCAGAUCAUGGUGGGCACCGGCGGAGGGCUGCUCAAUGUUCCAGUCCAACUCGGCGUACAAGCGUCUGCUCACCAUCAGGAGGUGGCCGCGGCCACCGCGAUGUUCUUGACAGCACUGGAAAUGGGCGGGGCUGUUGGCGCUGCAGUUUCAGGUGCUGUCUGGACCCAUCAGAUUCCCAGGAAACUACAUGCGUAUCUGCCUCCGGAAAGCCAGGCAGACGCUGACGAGAUCUUUGGCAAGCUCACGAAGGCGCUCUCGUAUCCCAUGGGAUCGCCCACCCGGAUUGCUAUUAAUCGAGCCUACCAGGAGACGAUGAAUAAUCUUCUGUGCUUGGCGCUGCUUGUCUCCCUCCCCAUAAUUCCUUUGAGUUUGCUGAUGAGUAACUAUGAGCUCGACAAGAUGAGCCAGGGCCGAAAGGGAAUAAUGAUAGGACGCGUCCAGGAGGAAAGGUCUCCAGAAGGCAGGUCCCAGGAUGACUGA